AUGCUCCGCCGAAUCCUGUUUUGGAAAGGGCAGUGUUUGCUGCUUCUGCCGUACAUUUCGCUGAUCGAAGAGAAGAAACGAUACUUCGAGGAUCUCUGUGAGGCCAACGGUCUUUUCGUGGAGUGUUUCCACUCCAGCGGCUCGCAGUGUUUGGAUCCUCACAUCGACAUCGCGAUCAGCACCGUCGAAAAAGCCAACAGCAUUGUCAAUCGCUGUCUUCUCGACGGCCAAAAGCCUCGCAUCAACCUCGUGAUCAUCGACGAAGCCCACACGUUGGAAUCCGAGCGCGGCCAUCUCAUCGAGCUGCUUCUCCUCAAGCUCCGCUCCCUCAACCCGCACCUUCAAGUCAUCGCUCUCUCCGCCACGCUCUCCUCCCCCGUCUCGCUGGCUCGCUGGCUCCACGCCCAGCUCUAUCUCUUCCCCUCCGCGCCCUCGGGGCUUUCCGAGUCCAUCGUGAGCGGCGGCCGCGUUACCACGCUGGACGGUUCUCUGCAGCGCACCCUGCAGAGCCGCGAUCGAGCGUCUUCCUUCCUCGAGUUGGUGCGCGAACGCGUGGCUCACGGCGAUUCGGUGCUGGUUUUCUGCCCCACCAAGGCGCAGAGCGAGCUCGCCGCGCAGCGAGCGGCCGCAGCCCUCCCUCCGCUGAGCGCAGCGCGCGUUCGCGAGGUUCAGGAAAGUCUUCGCGGGUACCAGCAGCGGCACAUCACGCCGUUCGAUCCUCUGCUGGCGAGUCUGCUGCUCCGCGGAGCGGGCGUGCACCACGCGGGACUCACCGAUGCGGAGCGAGUGCUGGUGGAGGCGCUGUUCCGACGACGGUGUCUGCGCGUGCUGGCCGCGACCUCCACGCUUUCCGCGGGAGUGAAUCUAAACGUGGACGCGGUGAUCGUCGACGGGAUUCGGCGCUGCGGACAGAUGUACUCGCCCACGGAGUACGCGCAGAUGAUUGGACGCACGGGGAGAAUGGGGCAGGCGAAAAGGGGAACCGUGCUGGUCCUCGUCGAUCCCCGCGAUGAGCGGGAGUUUCGUGAUCGAAUUCGGUCGGGAAGCGGCGUGGAGAUUCGGCGUGGGAACUAUGUGCGGACACGCUGGUGUUGGUGCCGAAUUCUUUUAGAAGUGGUGGCACUGGGGAUCGAAACGCGGCUAAAUGAACUCAUUGCGUUGGUGAGAAAAUUCUCCUAUUUUUCCUAUCUUUCUGGUGAGUUUCCGAAUGAAAUGGGAAAGGAAUUGUGCAAUGCGUUGCCUCUUGAAUCCCCCAUCGAAUCCCCCAUCGAAUCCCCCAUCGAAUCCCCCAUCGACUCAUCCAUUGAAUCGAACCCUCCUUCACCUCCUAUCAAAUCAUCCGCUUCUUCUCCCCAUUCUGAUAUAACGAGUCUCUUUGAGAUUCUCCCGCGCGAUGCCAAUUCCUGGGAGCUCCGCAUCGCGAGCUGGCUCUCUCCCUCAUCGCAGCCCCACCUUUACGAGCUCGCUUCCUCUCUCUGCUGGCUGGUGCGCCACCAGUUUCUCCUUAUCCUUCCUUUAUCUUCCUCUUCUUCUUCCUCUUCUUCCUCGCCCCUCACUCCAUUCUCCAUGCGCUGCGUACCCACCGAACUGGGCGAAGCCUCCUUUCUGAGCCGACUCAACGUCAGCGAGGUGGCGUCGCUCGCCCGCUCGCUCUCCCAGCUCAACACGCGCGUGGACGUGAGCAACUCGCUGCAGAUCGUGUACCACCUCACCCCGCUCAGCGCGGAGCUCCGCAUCCCCAUCGCGGCCGCUCUCGAAUACGUCCACCGCUUUCUCACCGAUGCCGAAAUGCAGUUCGCCGACCGCGAGCUCCUCCCCCUCCACGUGCUCGCCGCUCUGCGCGAAGGCCGUGGGGCGGAGUCCUUUUCUGCGGACACCCAGAGCCGCCUGAAACGCUUUUUAGCCUGCUUAGUAGUGAACGAUUUGCUGCGAUUUGACAACUUGGAACGCACCAAACACAUCUUCGGACUCUCCAAGGGCGUGCUGCAGAGCUUGCAGACCGCGUGCAGGGUGUUCUACCAUACCAACCUGCGCGUGCUGAAGUGUCUGCAUUAUGAUUUGCUCUAUGAGGUGUUCAAAGGAUUCGAAAUGCACAUGGCCACUGACCUCACUCCCGAGACGCUCGCUCUUGUUAAUUUGGGCGUAGCUUUUUGUUUUAUACUCAGUCACACGAUAGGUCGAGCUUAA